UUUUCUUUAUUUUUCGGGCGCUUUUCCUCUAGAACCAGACACACAAAUAGCAUUGCAGAGAAGCAAGAAAUUUGGAGAGAAACUCCAAAGCUUGAAACUUUCUCCUCAAAAUUAUCACCCAAAGUUCUUGAUGGCUUGUCAAGUGGGAGCAAGAAUGCUGCAGUCAGGUUUAUCAGUAAUGGUGAAUGAAGUCUCUGAAAGAACUUGUAUAACCAUUGCAACUUGUGCAAUGCAGAACAGGAACAGUGAACCCAGUUUUAGCGGACAGGCAUCAAAGAUUGGCAUAAAGUUUGUGCCUUUUCAAAAGACGAGGUUUCAGCUGAGAAGACAAGGUUGGAGAAUAGCCUUUGCCUUGGACACUGGUGGGCUGCCUGGAAAUGGGGGACAAGAGAACGUCAAUGGUGAUAGUCCUCCUGGUCUUGGUGGAACUCGGUUAGGCAGGAUAGUAAGCGCAGGUGGCAGACAGCUACUAGAAAAGCUGAAUUCAGCAAGAAAAAACUUCCCCAUGAAAAUAUUUCUCCUCCUAUUAGGUUUUUAUACAGCAAAUGCGCUGGCUACAAUACUUGGACAGACAGGUGACUGGGAUGUAUUGGUUGCAGGCAUUGUGGUUGCUGCCAUUGAGGGGAUUGGUAUGCUUAUGUAUAAAAAACCCUCUUCCCUGUCUACUAGGAGGCUGCAAUAUUUUGUAGCGAUGAUGAACUAUUGGAAAGCCGGUGUUUGCUUAGGCCUCUUUGUGGAUGCCUUUAAAUUAGGUAGCUAAAUGCCUUCCAGCCAUUCCUUUGUUAACCUUCUUAGGUUCUUUCUAUAUCCACAUUUGAGCGAGAAUCUUUAUUCUUGUUGUUUAUUGUACAUAGAAAUCAAUUUGAUGUAAUUUGUUGGAAUCGAUUAGAUUCAAUCCAAUGUGAGGGGUGUUAGCCAACUUAGGUUGAUGAAAGGGAUAGGAUCCUGUGACUUGUUUAUCCUGAUGAGGUGGUAAUCAUCGAAAGGACAUAUAGUUAAGUAAGGAGCCAGGUAGGAAAAUGAUACUGUAUUUAAUUUUAA